AUGGACUCUUCUGCCCAGGCAUGCCAGGUUCUGAUCGCCGAUCUCCCGCGAGAAGGUGAUCUCGCGCAUCGCACCAACGACGGGCGACCCACCACACUGGUCCGAACCGAGAGCAACGUCGUUGGCGGCCCAAACCCAAACCCAAUCUCAGAUCGAAGCCCAAGCCCAGAUUUAAGCCUACAUCCCGAACAUUCCGAACCCGAGCUGCUAUCAUCCGUCGACGUCGCAAGCCUUUACGCGCAGGUUGCUAAACUCAACGACGCGCUCGCUGCGCUGGAAGAUGAGGUGCGCAGAGAGCCUUAUGUAAACUCGGAGAAGGAGUGCCGAGGCGCUGCGGGUGAUGUUGAGCAGCUUCUCGCGAGUUUGGCGCAGCGCGCUGCCGAGAAGACGGGGCUGGAGAGGUGGUUCCCGUGUACAGGGCGGAAGAAGAGGGAUCUGCUUAGGAGGCAUGUCUGCGUUGUGCAGGAGACGUGCGGGACUGUUGGUGUGACGCAUCUGAGGGUCGCUGAUGCGUUUGCUGGGCUUUGUGGGAGGGCGGAUGGUCUGGGUGAGGAUGGCGAGAGGUUGAGUCAGGUUGUUGGUGAGGCGAGAGAUGGGUUCGAAUGGGAGAGGGUGAGGUGGAAGGUGCUUGGGUGGCGGGAGGGGAUUUUGAGGGAUGAGUUGGAGGGGGUUGAGGCGCGGAUAUCUGCUGUGAGCGGCGACAGCAGCAGUAGCGGGCUGGUUCCUGAUGGGCAUGGGGGCGGUAUUGUUGAUGAUGCGGCUACGACUACGACAGAUGAGCGAGAGGCCACCGUCGUCGAGAUGAGAUUUGAGACGGAGCAGCUGGCGACGCUGCCGUCGGAAACGGAAGACUACGCACAUAACCCCAUAGAAGACGACCGCGACGCGAGGAGCCCCGGAAACGAGAGGGACGAGAUCCGCUUGGAGAUCAUGGCAGCUUCACUCGAGUCGUUGUUUCUGGUGAAGCACGGAGAUUUCAGCGCCGAUUUGCAGAGACGGGUUGCAGCGCUGCGAGAGGGUGGAAAUAGGUGUCUCGACGUCGCUGAGAGGCUGGAGAAGCUUCGAGAUUCGGAUUAUGGUGAUUUGGUGGCUGGGCUGGGUGAGCUUGCGAAGAAGCCGGACGCGGAGAGCAGGCGCAAGGGUGUUGAGAAGGUUAAGGCGACUGGGCGUUUGGGUGCUUCUUAUCGCGGGGUGACGACGGCUGAGUACCUUAUGAUGAGAUGA